AUGGCCAAGCUGAGUGAGGAAUAUUUUGAUUUAGUACGAUCUGCAAUCCGUGAAGAUAAACAAUUGCCGAAGCGUAAGAGACGCAGGUUACCUAAGUACAAACAGGAAGUUCCCCAAGAACCAAGUGUAGUAAUUAACUUGGAAUCAGAAGCAUCCGAUAACAAUAGCGGUUCAAAGUCAAGCGACCACAAUUCUCAGCUCGAGGAUGAUGAUUUUGAUUCUGAAGAUUUUGAAGACAUAUUGGAGCCCGAUACUGCCAGGCCAUCCACUGUAAGAGACCUUUCGAUUACCUUGGACGCAAAGACCCCCGACGACGCUUCAAAACCUAAAUCAAAAAACACCAUCGGUAAUGAGGAACGUAAAUUUCGCAAGUCUUAUCAUAUGCUUCACUUGCUUGCCUUGAUGAUACAUGGUCGCAUCCGUAACACAUGGUUAAAUGACAGUAAGCUACAUAGUAAGCUGUCGAGAUUGGUGCCCGACGAUGUUUUCGAGCUCUUGCAUCCCAAGAAAGACGAUGAGCUUCCUUUGAGGAGCACGCGCAAGUUGCUAGAUGGCCUAAAGAAGUGCAUGGAGAUUUGGUGGAAACAUUUUGACCAAAUAACCCGAUGGGAAACACAGGGUUUGUUCAUGAUACGAUGGGAUGAAUUGGAUGGUCCCUGGGAACAGCCAGCUAGGUAUAUGUCUCAGAAGUUGUUCAACAAGAAGGUUUUACAUGGAAAAGGAAGCUCGGAAGUUGCCGCUCAAGGCUUCGUUGCAAUGCUUCGUUCUUGCGGUGUCAAUGCCCGGCUAGUGUUCAAUAUACAGCCGCCUGACUUCACUGAUCACAAAUUAAUCCAUGCCAGCAGUACGAAGAAUCCAGGUGAAUAUUUGGCGGAUCAAGCCAGCUCGGGAUCCAGAGUUAAAUGGAAAGUACGAUCUAAGGUCAAGGGUACAGAAAGUAAACAUUCGAUUUUUUGGUGUGAAGUUUGGGACAAGAUAUCAAAAAAAUGGAUAACCAUCGAUCCCAUGGGCCAAAGAAUAAUAGAGCAAAUUAGGUUCAAAACGUCUCUUGAGCCACAGGGGAAGGCUCGCCAAAACAACAUAUUUAGAUACAUCAUUGCUUAUGACCGCAAGGACGGUUGUCGUGAUGUCACCAGGCGAUAUACAACCCAUUUCAACUCUAAAGUAAGGAAGAGGCGGAUUACAAAGGAUGUUGAAGGAGAAAAGUGGUUUCAAAGAGUUCUUUCACUGCUACAAGGUCGUAGGAGGACGCGAACUGAUGAUUUAGAAGACGCGUAUUUCAAAGAGCGUGAUGAAGGCGAGGGGAUACCAGAUAACAUGCAAGAUUUGAGGAGCCACCCUUAUUAUGUUUUGGAAAAUGAUCUAAAAUGGAACGAAAUCUUGAAAACAGGUUGCAAAGAAUGUGGAUUUCUCAGAACCAAAAAUAAUUCUACAAGCCUGAAAGUCUUUCGUCGCGAUGACAUUCUGACUCUCAAAACAGCUAGGACUUGGUACACAGAAGGGCGCAUUUUGAAGUCUGGUGCAAAAGCGAUGAAAACCGCGAAAUCAAGAGACUUCAAGACAGGAGAGCCUACGGAAGAGAGACUAUACCCUUAUAGUGCAACAGACCUAUUUAUUCCAGAGCCUCUGGGUCUCAAUAAUGAGGUCUCUACCAACGUUUAUGGAAAUAUUGAUAUCUAUGUCGAUACUAUGAUUCCCCGAGGAAGCUGCUUGGUCGAAAGUCCUGUGGCCGUUAAAGCAGCAGCAUUCCUUCGUGUGGAAUUUGCUAAGGCCGUGACGAGCUUUAAAUUUGAAAAGAAAAGGGUGGCCAAGCCUCAAAUUACCGGUGUAGUCAUUGCUCAGGACUAUCGUGAAGCCAUAGAGGCCAUGAUAGACGGUAUAGAAUACUCUAUGGAAGAAGACGAGCGACAAGAGCGCGAGUUGGAAUCAUUGCGUUGCUGGGAUAUGCUCCUUGCCAAGCUCAGAAUAAAACAAAGAUUGAUAGCAAAGCAUGGAGCAGUUAAUGGAUCCAACGAGAGCAGCGAAUGGCCCGAGCGAAGCUCCUUCGAUACAGGCGCCGCUCAAGAAGAGGAUUUGGAGAAUUAUAGUAAUGAAGAGAGUUUUGAGACUGGUGGGUUUCUGCCAGAAGCGGGUGGUUUUGUUCCCGAAACGGCGGCUUCAGAUGUUGUGUCAGGAGGCUUUGGGUCUGAAGAUGAAAAUUCUCCGUCACAACGUCCGGAAAAUCUUCCGGCCGUUCCAACCUCUACUUCCGUUGGAAAGCCUACGGCAGAGAAUGAUUACAGUGAUUAUGAAGAUUUCAUGAAGGAUAUGAUGCAUGACGAAAGCGACCACCCAAAUUCUAACUUCUCUAAGACUGAUUCUGAUUCUGACUUCCAUUAUGAAUCUGAGUGA